ACCCGGAAGAGAAGCGACGAGGGAAAUUUAAAAGAGAAGUGGUUUAUUUUCUCACGAAAACUUCACAGAACUGAACAUUUAGACCAUCGGGAGGGACAGAGAGGUGCUGAAGUGUGUGUGGAGGAACGGAGCAUCGUCUCGGGUGUUCAGGAUGAGGAGUGUGUCCACCCUGCACUCCCCUCCCCCGUCUCCCCACCCCGCCCCCCUCCCUCUCACCUCCACCUCCUGUCUGACCUCCUGUCCGGAGCUCGACCUGUCCGUCACCCUGAGCCCCGCCCCCAAAGCCGCCCAGACACACGCUAAGUCCCGCCCACUGAGGCCUGCUCAGCCAGGUAACCAGUGUCAGGUGAAGCCCCGCCCCCGAGGACAGACUGGAUGGAAGAGGGAGACACAGGUGUGUGUGGAGGAACCUGUGAUCGUCACAGUCAUUCCAGAGCCACACAUCUGUGCUCCACCUCAGCAGCAGGUGAGCAGUGGGAGCAGGAGGAGGAGGAGGAAGGAGCUCAGUGGAGCCCUCAAACCAUCAGCUGUGCCUCCUGCUGCAGCGUCCAAUCAGCAGCCAGGAUGUCUGGAGAGGGCGGAGCUAAACACCACUCUGGCUCUGAAGGCGGAGCUUCAGUCAAUACAGGCGGCAGAGUUUGACUCCCAGAAGGCUGUGCAGGAGACCCUGCAGAGGUCGGAGAGGACCAAGAACCUGAUCAACGCCAGAGCCACUGAAGUGGUGAACGUCUCUCGCUCUCAGCAGCUCUUCACCUCACUGGUCAGUGUUGACGUCCAGGAGGAUCAGCUGAUCAGCCAGGUGCUGCAGGACAGGCUCCUGCUGGCCCCGCCCCCUCGCUGCCAUGACAACAGGCCAUCAGAAGGCCCCUCCCUCCUCGCGUUCAUCACCCCGGACCUGCUGAGGCAGAAGCCCCUCCCACCCGAGGAGGAGCCGGUCCCCUGCAGGCCCCGCCCAUUGCCACGCCCCGCCCACUCCACCUUCGACCUGUACAGAAGACAGAGAUGCUGGGAGGCCACGCCCUAACUAACACACACACACACACACACACACACACACAGGUACUUUUCGAAUAAUUCAUGUAGAAUUCUG